AUGUGCGUCAUCAACGCUGCCGCCAUCGCCAGCAACUGUCGUUGCGCCGUCGCUACUAACCCGGUUUGUGCCCUUUUUUUCGUGGCCAAAAGUGCACGCACGCUCGACACGCAUAGCGGUGGCAACAACGUGCAGCAGAAUGACGCGACAAUGGGGCGAGACGGGUUGGCAGGCUGCAGGGCAUUGGGCAAGUGCACUAUUGGCGCACCUCUUGGCAACAAUCUCACUCCCUUACGCGUGCAACACUACUUCUGGCCUACGACUUGCAACAGCAAUGCGACUAUUAGUUGCACUUCCUGCUUAGAACGGAUCGCUGAGGAGUUGAUGGAACGCAUGAAAUGGAAGCAAUAUCAAGAGCCAUUAACUACGCGCAACCAUACAAAUCACACCGUACAAUCGCCAGCCGAGACAGCAGCAACAGCAGAAUUACCACCAGCAACAGCAGCAGCAGCAACAGCUGCCGCCAGUACAACAGCGACCUCAGCAGCCACACAAAACUCAGUAGAACAACAAACAUCCACAGAGCACAGAUCAACGCCAAACGAUCAUCAGCACGAUCAGCGUGUAGAGGAACAGAAAAUUUCAAAUUUACAGCAGCAAAAAUUGAUCAGCGAUCUAGCAGACGCCAAGAGCGUGAAGACUUCGUCAUACGGCAAGGCCAACGGCACCGCAACGGGCAACAACAGCAAUUACAGCUAUCAACACGAGCAACACCACGAUCGCACAGUCCAAGGCGAAACGGGUGCCGAACAGCAACAGCAACAACAACAAUACAAAGGAAAUACGCCGUCACACGAUUGCGUAGAAAUUGCAGCGGCUAAAGAAAGGAAGGAGGGGCAACCUGUUGCAGAUAACAUUACAACAUCACAAAAUCACAACCAACUUCACCACAAUAAUAGUAAUAGUAGUUUAGCAUUAAAUAACAACAAAAUUUGCGGCAACAACAACACAUCAACAUUUACAACAAAAGUAACAAAUUCAUCACACACAAUAACGCAAGCAAGCAUCACAAGCGUAAGUGCCACAGAGAAAAGCCUGCUUGUACCUACAUCACCACCGUCAAAGCGUACAUCUUCGCCAGCUACAAAAGCGCCAGAGGUGCCACGUGCGCCCACCACCGAGCCGGUAGAUUGGAAACCGAAUGAGAAGUGUUAUUUUUGCGUGGACGGCAGAUUACUCACGGUGAACGCGAAGGGCGAACUAGUAGCCGAGUCGGCGGGCCCAGUUGUGUCCGCCGCCGGCGGCGAUCCAGUGGAGCACGGUCACAAGCUUGAGACCGAUAGCGAUUCAAAUGAAUCAUCACAUGUGAAUUUGGUGAACAGUACAACAACUGCGGCUGUAGUGAACCCAUUAAUACAUAACAAUAACAGCAGCACUAACAACAACAACAACAAUAAUAAUAACAAUCGCAUCGACUGGAACAAGCUGUUAACGACACGUUUAGUAGAUUUGCCAGCGAACAUGACUUCAAUGGAUUCGAUGGCAGCGCAAUUAGCAGUAAUUUCUGGUUAUCCAAACUUCAAUUGGCUACAAUUGAUGCAACAACAACAGCAACAACAACAACAGCCACAUCAACUACCGACACAUCAACAACAGCAUCAGCAACAACAACAGCAGCAACACCAGCAACAGCAGCAGCAGCAACAUCAGCCCCAGCAACAGCAACAACAAACAAACUCGGCGACACCAACUACCUCAGAGACAUCGGCCGCCGCUGUUAGUCCGCCACUCAAGGAUUCACCCAGUCCCAGUGAUGCCACCGGUGAACAACCAUUAGAUCUUAGUUCCAAACCAUCGCCAAGUUCAUCUAUUAGCGGCGAUUUGAAAGCAGUGCGUACGAAAACAUCACGGACCACGCCCACACUCCCUGCACGCCGCCCCUACGACGAUGACGUGCUAAACAGCGCCGUACAAGGUCUUCUCAGUGGAAAAUACAGCGCAAAUACCCGCAAACCACCAGACCAAUACAGUAGCAGUGCGACAUCGAGCACCAUACGUACAAGAUGUAAUCGCCCUGCGAUGGGCGGCAAACGCCUCAACGCCCACCUUACAAAUGCUCUAUUGCAAGGUUUAGAAAUGGACAAGGAUUUGUCGGGUGAUGAAUGCAACGCUGCUGAUGCUAGCACGCUCAUGACUGGUGGUCAUGGGAGUAACGCUUCAACACCACAACCAGAACCCGCCACACAUUCAGCACUCGAAGAGCUCGCCAAUCGUCUAAGCGCCACGCAUUCGAUACGUAAGCUGUGCGUAAAUAAUGGCAGCAGCGAUGCGGCGAGGCGCGAAAGCGACAUUGACGCUGCAAACUGCGCCGUAUUGUCUCCCAAGCCGAAUGCAUUGUAUAUAGAUCCGGCUAAGCGUGAUACUGGUACACCUUCGAGCAGUGCUACGCCGCAACCGCAGCAAUCACCGCAGGCAGGACUUGAUACAACUUUUGCAAUUUUGCAGGCGUUCUUGUUUACUCUCACCAGCUUUGGCGCUUUGCAACAGCGUGCAGACCAGCCCAUAACACUGCGUGAUCUUGUAGCCAAUUUGAAAGAUAUGUUGGAAGCGCAUACAACGGGUGAUUUGAAUGUGGAAGGUCUUAUCAAUAAUGGAAAGCCAAAUAUAAUGGAUCAGCCAUUGUUGUUGCAGAAGCUGCAGCAGCAGACCUCAGCAUACGCGGCGCAACGCUUGCCCAAAUCAGAUACUCCAGAGACGACAAGUUCAAUUGACACGCACGAACCGAUUGGUGAGGAUCUGGCUUCGUCGAUUCUUAAGAUUCCGUCCUAUAAGCCCGCGGCAAGCACGCCCACUCCAACAUCGGGUGCAGCACGCACCUCCUGCUCCCCAUCUUUGCUGUGUAACAACUCCAACGCCAAUUCAAUGCCAAAUCCUAAUGGCGAUAGCCCCCAUUCAGCGCCCUCCCCACGUAUGGCCAGCUCAAUGUUGGCCGCUGCAGUGGCGGCUGUAAGCAACAAUGGCACCUCGACUUCUGCCGGCCGUCAGGGCAACGACCUCUCAGUGAUUUCGCCCCCGUUGCUACAACACCGCCAAUCACCACCGUCGUUCAGCUUUCGUGAUGUGAUCGCGAGAGGCAUCCACCGCACUAUGAAUGAGCAAGCGAACCAAGAAGCGCAUGCGGCAGCAGCUGCUGUUGCCGCAGCCUCAGCACCUAUGCUCGGCUUGUGUUUAGAAAUGGAGCGCUCAGCCAAUAACAACAGCGGUGGCAGUGCAGAUUACAAGAAACCAACCAUUUCAGUCGUGAAGAAUAUAGGCGGUACUGAUACAACUCGUUUUGGCGCUGCACCCAAUCUAUUGGCUGGCACCAGUGCGGCUGGCGCGCCUGGUAGUAGCUCCAGCGCGCACAACUCGCACGGCUACCACCAGUCGCAUUUGCAUAAUGCCCAUCACCAUCACUCGCACCACCUUAGCCGCCAAGAUGCCGCAGCACUUGCCGCCGGUAAAGGUACCCGACCCAAACGUGGCAAGUAUCGCAACUACGACCGAGAUAGUUUAAUUGAAGCAGUGCGCGCUGUACAGCGUGGCGAAAUGUCGGUGCAUCGUGCAGGCAGCUACUUUGGCGUGCCGCACUCCACGCUCGAGUACAAAGUUAAGGAGCGGCAUUUAAUGCGACCGCGCAAGCGUGAGCCCAAGCCCCAGCCUGGUCUGGAUGGCAGCAGUUCGACCUCGGCCAAAUCAAACUCCAACAUUCCUGGUCACCACAAUAAUCUUAGUAAAAUGAAACUGGGCGGCGCUGGCAGUGGCAGCUCAAAUUCCAAGCUAAACGAAACACUUAAGGGCAACAGCAACUCGGCAUCGGCAGCGUUCCCCCCCACAGCACCGAAUGGCAUGAAAUUGCCCAUUUUCGAUCCCAUGCAAUAUCCGGGGCAUCUAUUUUGGAAUCAUUCCCCAGCUUUUAGUCCAAUGCACAUGGAAUUCAAUCGCAAUACAGUGGCGGCGCAAAAUGCAAGCGCUGCACAACGCUACACUGAAGAAGCGCUGCGUGGUGGCGCAUCGGCAGGUACACCAUCCAAUGCUAACAGCCCCAGUCCUAUAGCCAGUCCGCUAUCCGCUGCUGCAGGUCAUGCGCUCAAUAUGAAGAGUGCGCGCGAAAUUGCUGAGAAUUUAUAUGAAAGUGGCGGCGCUAAUGGUUCCUCAAUACUCGACGGCAUCAUACGAAAGACGCUCGAUCGCAAGAGUGCCGAUGUUGGCCCGCCACCCAGCGUUCCCACCGGUGGAGCAUUACUGGAUCAAUUGCUGGUCAAGAAAAGUGCGCCUCCACCGUACGUUAGCAACAACAUCAACGAUCAUGUCUCAGCCUCGGCUAUGAGUUUAGGUACCAAACGCGCCGGCAGUCCGUUGCCCUAUACGGAAAUUAAACGCGAACGUGGCAGCCCGCAGCAUAGCAGUGGCGACGACGAUGAUGACGACGCCUCACGCAGUGGCACUGAGGAGAUGAGCUACGAGCAUAAUAACAACAACAACAGCAAGAGUAGUUUCAGCGGCAAUAAUGAAUUGCUACUACAGCAUCAGCACUUGCACCAGCAACAACGCAGUCGUAGCCGCAGCCGAUUAACCUCACACGACUCCGCCGAAACCGAUACGAGUAGUAUACCCAGCGAUCUCAUGCCAAAUCACAGCAGCAGCAGUAAACUAGUUGCGGAUCUAAAUGGAAGUGGAGGCAGUGCGGGAAUGAGUGGGUUGGUGCCCAAAGUGGAACCACUGCUGGAAUUAGGGCGUGUGCCACCGGCUUUAGGUGGGACCUCAAUACUACAGGAAAAGUUAGCGCAAAUCAAGGCAGAACAAGAGAAUGAAGAAAAUUUAUAGAGGCGAACAACUUGGCAAUAUGGCGUAUUGGCGGUGAAGGAGUAAAAGGCACUACAGAGAUGUAUGUAUGCCAUACGUAGGCGAAAUAUACAAGAGCCGAAUGUAGGCUCAGUAGAUGAGUACAAGGGCAUGGGCGAAAUGGGCGCACAGCGCAAGCGCACCAUCAACGACACCAGCAGGCGUACAAUUCUGCCUAAACUACGAUAGUGGAUGGGCAAAUUUAGAACGCAACAGGAUUAACUGAACCUGCGGGCAUGGAACGCUGUCAAAUGCUGUUGGGCAAACACUUGUGGCACUAUGAAGGGUGAUAAGGGGUGAUUAGCGAUCAAAGAUCGCUGAUCGCUGAGCGGUAAUCGGUUCAAAACAAGUUUAGUCAAAAUUUAAGUGAGGGAAUUUAAGCUCUUAGUUUACUUCAAGCAAACAUACAUUCACUUAGUACAUACAUACAAAUAUAUAAUGGUAAUAUAUAGGAGAAAUUAUGUAUUCACAAAUACAUAGGUACUUGUAAACACUUACACGCAACAGUAACACACAUAAAGUAACAAAUAAAAAGGGAGGACAUUCGGGAAUUUGUGUAUGAUUAAAAUGUACAGUUACAUACCUACACAGCAAAUGCAAACAGACAACCAUAAAGUAAAAACAAAUUUUUAUUUAAUAUAUACAAUAUCUGUAAUACAUAUGUAUGUGUGCAUUUAGCCAGAAAACGCAUGUAUGUGUUUAUUUAUAAUAAGAAGUGAAAUAUUACAACAAAAUCAAAGGAAAGUAUCGACGCAUAGGAUAAAGAGGGGAGUAGAAAACCAAAAAGAAAAAAAAGAAUAUAUAUAUAUAUACAUAUAUAUAAUAAUGAUGGCUAACACGAAACGGAAAAGGAAGGAAAAAAGUAGAAAUGAAAUGGAAGAAUAGAUUUGUGAACAAGCUGUUGUACAAUUAAAAUAAUUAUAAAAAUGAGAACUCAAAUAACACAAGCAAAACAUUAAUAGGUAACAGUUAUAACUAAAUAAAUAUACAACACAACAAUAAAUAUAAUAAUAAAAACCAACAAGCAAAUAAAAAUAAAGUAAAAUAAUUUAUCAUAGAUAUGUGUACCAGUGGAUUUGUGUCCAUUGUAAAAAAAGAAAAACAACAAAAGAUAUUGAAAGUUUUCUGUUUCGUUUUCUGACAAUCGACAAAUAGGCUCUUCUUGUACAAACAAACAAAUGAUUCUAACUACAAGCAAACAAACAUCAAAUAAAUAGGAAAGUGACAAACCGAAAAUAAUUUAGAUGCAAAAUUAAAUCCCACAAAUCUAACAAUAAACGCAAAAACAAAGUAACGCAAAUCCAAAAGCACGCAUAAUACAAAUAAAUAAAUAAAAAACCACAAAUAUGUAAUAUUAUAUGACUUUAUAAUAAGCUAAUAACGGUAAAAUCAAUCACUAGACAGAAUAAUAGAUGAGAACUCAACUCAGAAGCUAAAAAACAAAAAAAAACGUGCAAAUUUUUUACACUUCAGUUUUCUCUGAUUUUCGAUAAAUUUUGUUUUCAUAAUUAAAAUCGAAUUUUGAAAAACAAGAAAACAGACAAAACGAAAAUACAGCAAGAGAAUGCUUGACUUGUUCAACCAAUAUUCAAAACAAAGCAAAACAAAUCCAAAAACAAUAAUACCAACAACAGCAAUAAAAGCAACUACAAGCAGUAAUAAAAUUCAACCAACGAUCAGCCAACAACUACAAUACCAACCAACCAACCAAUACAGUAACCAGUCAACAGCAAAUACGCAGUUAUAAACGCAGCAAUAACCAUAGUAGUAACAGGACAACAACAGCAGCAGCAGAAAUAAUCAACAAUAAUAGAAGUAACCAAUUCAGAAGCUAUCACCACAUACAAUAACUCAAAAAGCAAUAAACAAAUCCGUAAUGAUAUUCCAAAUUGGAUUGUGUAAGAAAAGUAGACAUCUAAUCAUUCAUUCCACAUUAGAGAGAAUAAUAAGGUGGCGCCGAUCGAAGUACCGCUACUUUGCUCUCAGCGAAUUUAACAUAAUCUCUGUGUGUGUGACGUCGCACUUGUGCAAUUUGUUUGUAUAUUCUUACAAUUUAUUUUGUUCUCGCUCGCUCAUUGGCAACAUAGUGGCCCCUGCGCUCUUCGCCUCUCUGUAUAAAAUACAGGUAUGUGAGAAAAAGAGCGCUGAUUAAAGACAGCCGCUGAUGGUUAAAUAAUCCCUUAAAAUCUGAUCGAUCAAUGCAAUGGAAUCUAAAAAGUAGGACCAAAAACUUCAAAGCAACCAAAAAAACAGCUACAUAAAAUAACUUUUAGAGAAAAACACCUCACUUUUAACAUUUACAAGUCUAUUUGCCAAGUUGUCAAAAAAAUUGUGCCUUCGAGCCGUUAUGAUAUUGUUGCAUAUUUUACGAAGCUCCAGUGCCACUUUUGGUUUCCAAGCGUAUGUGAAAUGCUCUCUCAACAAAAUUUGGAAAGUUAUAUCAAAACUCGCUAUUGGCGAUGUAAUGACCCUUUCAAAUCACGUUAAACAAGUUUAGUUUUUAAAAUAGACAUCCACAUCUUUUAUUAAUUCCUAUCAUAAGAUGGUAGAAAUCCUAUGAGCCGUUAGAGGCUUAUUUGGGAAUGUUGAACUGUUACUUCUUAAGAUCUCAAGGUUCCAAUUUCUGUUCAAAGUUUCCUACUGAGUGCGAUAUCCAAACUCAAAGAGCACAAAUCUGUUAGCAUGCCAAGAAGUGCCGAAGUUCGUGAAUAUGAAUAAUGGCAUAAAUAAUUAAAAAUAUGUUGGCCUAAAAUAUCUUCCAGCGAGAAUAAGGAAGAAAGUCCUUUUGGGAAUUUCCUCUUAGAUGAGCAGAGUGAGCUUUUCUUUACCGAAUCAUCUCGUUAAAUAUUCUUCACGUAUUUAUGGAAUUAGAUGAUACAGUACAGUACAAUACAGUUUUACGUCACAGAGAAGUCUUCGCAGCACUUUUCAGUACCAAACCAAUUGGAAUAAUUAUUACUUUGCAAUAGUUACAUAAAUACAACGAACGGAACAAUCGAUCGCAACACACAAGAUAGUCCAGUAAAGAUCAGCAACGCAGAUAAAACAACCGAAAACCUACAACAACAAUAGACUACACACGCAAACUCAACUAAAAAUCAACAAACCGUAAUAACAAAAAAUGGCAAGACUUUGUGUGAAUUGAUUUUUUGGCAAGAAUGCUUCAAAUUGUACUAAGGGUACGCUGUCAGUAAACACUUGUUUACUAAAAGAUGCUCAUUUGCACAAAAUUUUUCCACUCAAAGUCGAGCCAUGUGUAAAUUUAAUAUUUAGUUGAUAUCUAAUAGAUUUGUAUGAUUUUUUCUUUUCAAUUACGAAACUAUUGAUAAAAAUAUUAAAGCAAAAAUAUCAAAAAAAGUAAUAAAAAUUAGAACACUUCAGAAAUCCUCAAAACGGAAAUCAAUAAACAAAGCUGCCUUCACAUUUACAAAAAGAUAAAAGAAAAACACAAAAUCAUUCAAAGGGAAUAUUAAAAAUUUAAAAUGCUAAAAUUUGUAAGAGAAAAAUUUGCAAAUAUUUAAUGACAUAAUAAGAAUCUUAAGCCAAAAUUAAUUUGGAAUUAUUGGAAAAACUUACAAUUUCUGUGUAAAAAAUAAAUUUCCCCGACCCCGGCCUCUUCUAGCCAAACACACACACAUAUACUUGACUUUAUUGUUUAAAAUUGUAACAGAAAAACUGAAAAUGAACUUUUAAAGUUUGAAAAAAAAUAAUAAAAAAAUAAGAAAGCAAGGCCAAUCAAUGUAAACCAAAAUUAUACAAAAUAUCACUCGGUGUUAAAUUUUAUAACUAAGAAAUAUUUCGACCCACAUUUGUAUACCUAUGCACAUACAUAUACAUACCAAAAAUAUAUCUACAAAACAUAUUUAAUGUAAUAUAAAAAAAUGCUAAUUUAUGCUAAAUUAAAUGUUUGGUGUUUGUGUAGAAGAAAAAGUAUAAAAAUAUCAAAAAAAUCCACUUUUGGCUUAUAAAAAUAUUUAAGGAGGAGAAAUCUUUCGGAGUCGCAAACAUUUCAGAUCUUGAAUAUAUACACUUCAAACCUUAUAUGUAUGAUAUGUAUGUGUCUUCGUGUCGAGUAUACCUCAAAAAUAAACAAAACAUCAUCAUUUUGCAUAAAAAGGAAGAUAGUCUAGAUCAGGUGAAUUAAAUUAAUUAUUAUAUAAUAAAAAAGAAAAAUGCUUGAUCAGAACACUUUUAUAUGUACAUAUACAUAUAUUUAAAUGUAUAUUCCAGGCUUUGGAAAAAUUGCUUUAAAAAAUAUGAGAUAUACAAUAUUAAAAUUUUCCUUUUAAGAAAAUUUGUGUGUGUUAAGGCCAACGAGAUUUGUUUGAGAAAAGGUAGUGACGAAUGUUGCUCUCAAUAAUUAACAUUAUUCUUUGAAACUACGAGAUAAAUGGUUUACAAACUUCAAAAAUUAUUUUUAAAAUAAAACGUUUGACUUUUAUUUUAAUUUACAUCCGGCAAGUAGUUUAUAUAGGUUCCAUUAACUCCUCAUUUCAUUUGUGGAGUAACAUCAAUACGCACGCCACAAAUAGGAGUAGGAGCUCGGCCAAAUGCCUAACAAAAAUGUACGCGUCAGUUAUUUUUUUAUUAAUUCGUAUUUAGGGUAUACGGCGUCGUAAUUAAUUGGCACUAUUUUCCCAGAUUGGGAAACUAACAUUCUCACAAAUUUAAAACGUUAAAACUUUAGUUUACUAAUUUUUGAUGAAUUUAAUUUUUAGCAAGUUUUUUUCAAAAAUAUGAAAAGUGUAAACUUUCAAAAUUAUUUUUGAAUUCAAAUAUAGGUAUGACUAACUUCAAAAACCUAAACAAAACAUUUUCAAAAAUUUCAAAA